GACUGUAUGGGUUUGGCUGUCUGGUACCACUUCAGCAAGCGGGCAGCCAUCUUGGAUCCAGCAGUUAAUCAAGUAAAGACAUAUUACUUUGGAGAUGUGAGGUUGUACCACCACCUGGCUUCUGGAGUACCAUCGCCCUUGAAAACUGGGGAGGCAUAUUCUAACUGGAGGGCACGCAGACAAACCGGCAGUACAAUCUGAGGGACCGGUUAAACAUGACCCCCUCCCCUCACCUCCCCUUCCCUUCCCUUUUCCUCGUCUGAAAGCUGUGCAGUUGUCUAGGGCCUUGUAGCAAGCUAGCCAGCCAGCAAGCGUUUGAUCAGUUCAAUUUUUGUAAUCCGUUCACUAUAACAAGUUAGCCCACGGCUGGGGGGCUUCUUGAAACUAGCCGAGAAACAUCGUAACGUUAACUAAAGCACAGGGCUAUGUUGUGUUUUCGGUUAACUUUGAUAGAGGAGCAUUGGCUUAUUAGAAAUCUGUUCCGCUGGUUUGCAGGAUAUUCCGAAGAAUAAUGCGGCUAGUUAUUUUAUUCAAUUAGCUAGCAAAGUUAGCUAUAGCUAGCUAUACUUGCUUCAGCUUCACAGGAGUAUUAAUCGAAUCCAUGGUCUUCAGUGAGCAGGGAACAUCCUCUCUCCCCUCCGACUAAGGACGAACGGCGCUGCAAAAUAAAACACGACCAAAACCACUCCGGAGAACCGAGCUAGCUAACUUGGCUGUUAGUUAGCGACGCUGGUGAAAAAUGUCAACCAGAACACCACUACCCACAGUGAAUGAGCGUGACACUGAAAAUCACACCUCGCACAGCGAUGGCCGCCCAGAGGUCACGGCACGUCAGGGCCGCUCGGGCGCUCGCUGCCGGAACUCCGUGGCCUCCAGCUCUGAUGAGCAGCCACACGUCGGCAACUACCGGCUGCUCAAGACCAUCGGCAAGGGAAACUUCGCCAAGGUCAAGCUGGCACGGCACAUCCUGACGGGAAGAGAGGUGGCAAUAAAAAUCAUCGACAAGACGCAACUGAAUCCCACCAGUCUUCAGAAGCUUUUCAGGGAAGUCCGAAUAAUGAAGAUUUUAAACCAUCCAAAUAUUGUAAAGCUGUUUGAAGUCAUCGAGACUGAAAAGACUCUUUAUCUGGUGAUGGAGUAUGCCAGCGGUGGGGAGGUCUUUGACUACCUCGUGGCCCACGGCCGGAUGAAAGAAAAGGAGGCCAGGGCGAAGUUUAGACAGAUUGUGUCUGCAGUGCAGUACUGUCAUCAGAAACACAUAGUGCACAGAGACCUAAAGGCUGAGAACCUUCUCCUAGAUGCAGACAUGAACAUCAAGAUCGCCGACUUUGGGUUCAGCAAUGAGUUCACGCUGGGUAGCAAGCUGGACACGUUCUGCGGGAGCCCCCCCUACGCUGCCCCGGAGCUCUUCCAGGGCAAGAAGUACAACGGGCCAGAGGUGGACGUCUGGAGCCUGGGGGUCAUCCUCUACACACUGGUCAGCGGCUCCCUGCCGUUUGAUGGACAGAACCUCAAGGAACUGCGUGAGCGGGUGCUCAGGGGUAAAUACAGGAUCCCGUUCUACAUGUCCACAGACUGCGAGAACCUCCUCAAACGCUUCCUGGUGCUAAAUCCCACCAAGCGGGGAACGCUGGAGCAAAUCAUGAAGGACCGCUGGAUAAACGCAGGGUGUGAGGAGGAGGAGCUCAAGCCUUUCAUAGAGCCGGAGCUUGAUAUCACGGACCAGAAGAGAAUAGAUAUCAUGGUGGGGCUGGGCUACUCCAGAGAGGAGAUCCAGGAGUCUCUGGCACGGAUGAAGUAUGAUGAGAUCACGGCUACCUACCUGCUACUGGGCAGGAAAUCUUCAGAGCUGGAGGCCAGUGACACCUGCUCCAGCAGUAACCUCUCCUUGGCUAAGCCCCGGCCCAACAGUGAACUCAACAACGGCCAGUCACCCUCCCACCUCAAGGUCCAGAGGGGUGUCUCAUCCAGCCAGAAACAGAGGCGCUACAGCGACCAGGUUGGACCGUCCAUUCCCUCAGGGACCGGUUACCCCAAGAGGAGCCAAACCAGCACGGCUGACAAUGACCUCAAGGAGGAGGGUGUAGCUCAGCCACGCAAGUCCAACAGCCCCCUGCUGGGCAACGCCAACAACCCCAACAAGGCCGACAUUCCCGACCGCAAGAAGGGCACCUCCACCCUCAGUAGUAACACCGGGGGCAUGACGAGGAGAAACACGUACGUCUGCAGCGAGAGGAAUGCCAGCGACCGUCACUCCGUCAUCCAGAAUGGGAAGGAGAACAGCACGGCGACCCCGGCAGCCCAGCGGAACCCAGGCGCCUCCACCCACAGCGUCGGCGGGGCCACGCCCCCGGACCGGCUCCGCUUCCCGCGCGGUACGGCCAGCCGCAGCACCUUCCACGGCGGCCAGCUGAGGGAGCGCCGCACCGCCACCUACAACGGCCCGCCCGCCUCGCCCACCCUCUCCCAUGACGCCACACCGCUCUCUCAGUCACGCACACGCGCCUCCUCCAACCUCUUCACCAAACUCACCUCCAAGCUCACACGCAGAAACAUGUCAUUCAGAUUUACCAAAAGAGUCCCAGAGUUUGAGAGAAACGGGCGCUUUGAGGGCUCCAGUCGUAACGUGUCUGGGUCUGGUGAUCCCAAAGAAGAUAGCAGGGAAUCCAAGCCUCGCUCCCUGAGGUUCACCUGGAGCAUGCGGACCACCAGCUCCAUGGAGCCGGGCGACAUGAUGCGUGAGAUCCGGAAGGUCCUGGAUGCCAACAACUGUGACUACGAGCAGCGCGAGCGCUUCCUGCUGCUCUGUGUCCAUGGCGACGGCCACGCCGAGAGCCUGGUCCAAUGGGAAAUGGAGGUCUGCAAGCUGCCCCGCCUCUCUCUCAACGGUGUGCGCUUCAAGCGGAUAUCGGGGACCUCCAUCGCCUUCAAGAACAUAGCCUCCAAAAUCGCAAACGAAUUAAAGCUGUAAAACAGAAAUUCGCAAUGAAAUGCAACAUUUAAAAAAUUGAAAAGCAAUGGGGGGGGGGGGGAAACAUCCAAAAUAUCUUACUAAAGCUGUACAUUCUUUCAAGUAGCAGUCACAGAAAUGUGUUUUAUUAAAAAAACACAGUGCAUUGAAAAUAAUGUAUACAAAAAUGCUUUAGGCAAUAAUUUUCUGCGUCUUUGAAAUUGUAUUUUAUUAUUAUUAUUAUUAUUAUUAUUAUUAUUAUUAUUAUUGAUAUGGCAGAAGUUCAGUAGCUGCUGUUGAAGAGACCAUGGGCAGGAUUGAGGAAUUUAAAUUUGUAUUAAAUUAUCAUGCAAGUGCACUACAACAUUAAGUAGCCUAGGUAGCCCCCCGCCCCCCCCCCCCGCCCCACAAAAAAAAAAAAACCCGCUUCCCCAGAGAGCAAAGACUAAAACAGCUGGGAUGAUACUGGAUCACUGGAGGGGGAGGUCACCGACCUGAAGAGUCAGCCCUGAAAUCAUAGGCUCUGAAUUACCCCACCCCCAUAACUCCUAUAAAUCGUCUUGGAUUCUCACCCUGCUUUACCAUAAUUAAGUGCCACCAGUCCAAGAUAUUACUGGAAAGAUGAAAGUAUUAUUGUAUUAUUUUUUCUGGUGAUGGAAGCCACAUUCCCCGUGUGCUGGAUGUGGUUGGUUAUCAGUGUAACAGCCAACGUACCGAACAGUAGCUAUACAGGGCACAGUAUGCAGAAACUGAACAGGAACCGCGAGGCAGCUGCUGUUUCGAUUGGCUCUGAGGCAGGGGUAUGCAGUGCAUCAUGGGUGUAUUAAUUUGGUCUGAGAGACUUCAUUUUUGGCCACUUCUGAAAACUUUUUUUUUUUUUUUUUUUUUUUGUACCUCUUCAGUAUGUAUUGCCAUUUGCAAUUUGGUCCAGUCCUUUUGAGGUUGUGUGAGUCAGUUGGGACAAGCUGUUCUGGGACAAAUUUGCCAUUUAUAUUCUUCAGUAUUCUCCUUACAACCCCAAGGAAAGCAAGCACUGUUUUUUGUUUUUUUUUUGGAAUGUAAAUACUGUAACUUAGUUUUGCAACAAUCUGCAUAUUGUUAUGCUUCCUCCUGUUCUUUUAUAAGUUCUGCUUUGAGCCAGGAACUAUGAAAAUAAUGUAAACCGUCACCAAGGUAAAGGUUACAAGUGGCUCCAUUAAAAACAUCAAACAAUC